GCCGCCGCUGCCCGCGGCCGCCCUGCCGGGGCCAUGGGGCUGCCCACCCUGGAGUUCAGCGAUUCGUACUUGGACAGCCCGGAUUUCAGGGAGCGACUGCAGUGUCACGAGAUCGAGUUGGAGAGAACCAACAAGUUCAUCAAGGAGCUCCUGAAGGACGGCUCUCUGCUGAUCGGGGCGCUGAGGAAUCUGUCUCUGGCUGUACAGAAAUUUUCCCAAUCACUUCAAGACUUCCAGUUUGAAUGUAUUGGUGAUGCUGAAACGGACGAUGAAAUCAGUAUUGCUCAGUCACUGAAGGAAUUUGCAAGACUACUUAUUGCAGUUGAAGAAGAAAGACGUAGACUGAUUCAAAACGCUAACGACGUAUUAAUUGCGCCCCUUGAGAAAUUUCGAAAAGAACAAAUAGGCGCAGCAAAAGACGGAAAAAAGAAGUUUGACAAGGAGAGUGAAAAAUACUAUUCUAUUCUGGACAAACAUUUGAAUUUGUCUGCAAAGAAAAAAGAGUCUCAUUUGCAAGAGGCAGAUUCACAGAUUGACCGAGAACAUCAGAAUUUCUAUGAAGCAUCAUUAGAAUAUGUCUUUAAAAUUCAAGAGGUUCAAGAAAAGAAGAAGUUUGAAUUUGUUGAACCGCUUUUGUCCUUCCUUCAGGGUUUAUUUACGUUUUACCACGAGGGAUAUGAACUUGCCCAGGAAUUUGCACCCUAUAAGCAACAGCUGCAGUUCAACUUGCAGAAUACAAGGAAUAACUUUGAAAGUACUCGCCAGGAAGUGGAGAGGCUGAUGCAGAGGAUGAAGUCAGCCAACCAGGAUUACAGACCACCCAGCCAGUGGACCAUGGAAGGCUACCUUUACGUCCAGGAGAAACGACCACUUGGUUUCACAUGGAUUAAACAUUACUGCACGUAUGAUAAAGGAAGCAAAACGUUCACAAUGAGUGUCUCAGAAAUGAAAGCCAGUGGGAAGAUGAAUGGGCUUGUGACUAGUUCACCAGAAAUGUUUAAAUUAAAAUCAUGUAUCCGGAGGAAGACAGAUUCAAUUGACAAACGUUUCUGCUUUGACAUCGAAGUCGUUGAGAGGCAUGGCAUCAUUACACUGCAGGCGUUCUCUGAAGCUAACCGGAAACUCUGGUUAGAGGCCAUGGAUGGCAAGGAACCGAUUUAUACUCUGCCUGCUAUAAUUAGCAAGAAAGAAGAAAUGUACUUAAAUGAAGCAGGCUUCAACUUCGUGAGAAAAUGUAUUCAAGCUGUGGAAACAAGGGGCAUCACCAUUUUAGGCCUGUACCGAAUAGGCGGGGUGAACUCCAAGGUUCAGAAACUCAUGAACACCACAUUUUCACCCAAAUCCCCUCCUGAUAUUGACAUUGACAUUGAGUUGUGGGACAAUAAGACUAUAACGAGUGGACUGAAAAACUACCUCAGGUGCCUUGCAGAGCCGCUGAUGACGUACAAGUUGCACAAGGAUUUUAUCAUUGCUGUCAAAUCAGAUGACCAAAACUACAGGGUGGAGGCUGUCCACGCGCUGGUGCACAAACUGCCUGAGAAAAACAGAGAGAUGCUGGACAUCUUAAUAAAGCACCUGGUCAAAGUAUCGCUACACAGCCAACAAAAUCUCAUGACCGUCUCAAAUCUUGGCGUCAUAUUUGGCCCGACUCUGAUGAGGGCGCAGGAAGAAACUGUGGCCGCCAUGAUGAAUAUUAAGUUUCAGAACAUCGUGGUUGAAAUUCUGAUAGAGCACUACGAGAAGAUCUUUCAUACUGCUCCAGACCCCAGCAUUCCUCUUCCUCAGCCUCAGUCUCGAUCUGGAUCCCGAAGGACUCGAGCCAUCUGCCUGUCCACGGGCUCUCGGAAGCCCAGAGGGAGGUACACACCAUGCCUGGCAGAGCCCGAUAGCGACUCUUACAGCAGCAGCCCAGACAGCACGCCCAUGGGCAGCAUCGAGUCACUCUCCUCACACUCCUCUGAGCAAAACAGCAUGACAAAGUCGGCUUCCUGCCAGUCCAGGGAGAAAUCUGGGGGGAUUCCCUGGAUUGCAACCCCAUCAUCUUCCAAUGGACAGAAAAGUCUGGGUCUCUGGACAACUAGUCCCGAGUCAAGUUCUCGAGAAGAUGCAACCAAAACAGAUGUGGAGUCGGAUUGCCAGAGUGUGGCCUCAGUCACCAGCCCUGGGGACAUCUCCCCUCCUAUAGACCUAGUCAAGAAGGGACCCUAUGGGCUCUCGGGACUGAAAAGAUCCUCAGCUUCCUCUUCUCUCAGAUCCAUUUCUGCAGCCGAAGGAAACAAGAGCUACAGUGGAUCCAUUCAAAGCUUAACUUCUGUGGGCUCCAAGGAAACACCCAAAGCCGCACCAAACCCAGAGCUGCCUCCAAAAAUGUGUAGGAGGUUAAGACUAGACACUGCUUCCAGCAACGGCUACCAGCGGCCUGGCUCAGUAGUGGCAGCAAAGGCUCAAAUAUUUGAAAAUGCUGGGUCACCCAAGCCAGUUUCUUCUGGGCGCCAAGCCAAAGCCAUGUACUCCUGUAAAGCUGAACACAGCCACGAGCUCUCCUUCCCCCAGGGGGCGAUCUUUUCCAAUGUCUACCCAUCAGUGGAACCAGGAUGGUUGAAAGCAACUUAUGAAGGCAAAACAGGACUGGUCCCUGAAAACUAUGUUGUCUUCCUCUAAUAGUAUUAGUGGAUGGCAGUAUCUUCAUGGUAUCCAUGGUAACACAUAAUAAGUGCUAUGAUUUUAUCUGACACAGAUAUGGGGGACCAGCCACUAAAUGAAGUCGAUUUCUGUCAAGUUCUUCACCAGCAGACUGUGUAGCUCCCUCAUGACGGAAAGAGGAAUACAGAUAUUUGCGUUGUGACCAUUCUGUAUGGCUGGUUUCCUACUUUUUAAAAUACUUUGCUUUUUGUUUUGAUAAAAAGUAAUUCUCUACAACGUCUCCUAAUAGCAGCCACAGAAUUUCAAAUACUGUUUUAAAUACUGCAUCCUCCAGAAUUUGGAAACCAGAAACCUGCUGUACUGAUGUUGAGAUCUGUCCUUUAUUACUUGGUAUUCUCUGGAGAACCUUGAAAUCAUUACUUUAAAACAAUGUAAUUUAAAUUGUUCAUUUAUUUUUUUCUUUAAAAUAUACUGUUUUUAUAUAUGAUUGUUUUGCUGGUCCUAAACAUUUCAAGAAAAUAAGUCUUUGUUUUAUCUUAACUUUAUUUUUAUUUGUUUUCUAAGAUGAUAGUAUUUGAAACAAUAAUGUAUAUGAAGUCUGUAAAGAAAUCCGAGUUAAGUCUAACACUGAUUCCACUGUAAACAAUCAAUCCAGAAUUCUAGACGGGUUCUGUGGGUUUAGAGCAAGGAUCAGCAAACUCUGUUUUUAAGGGCCUAAUAGUAAAUAGUUUGUGGUGGGCUAGAUUUUACUUGUGAAUCAUAGAAGGCUGGCCCCUCCUUUAAAGUUGUGUAAAGAUGCUAUCUUGAGACCUUUAUAAAAUUUUAUAUUAAAAUACAAGCGCUAACAAAUCACCUGCACAUGUCUUCUGAUGGUAGAGCCUAAUCACAAGCUUGGUUACAGUUAUGGGACGACUAAAGCUGAAGUGCAGUACACAACUUAGUUUCCAUUGGUAACACUAAAAUGUUGAGAUAUUUUAAUGGUACCGACUUUGGGGCUUAUGAGACAUUCUUGUACAAAUGGUAAAUAUAUUUUUUGCAAACACUAAUGGGGAAACUGCCUUCUAAAAAUCUGUGCAUUUGAAAAAGAAAGUUAAACACAAAAGUACAGGAUUCUUAAGCCAAAAAGUGUGAAAUGCCAUCACCCUCUUUAGCUGGAAUAAAAUUUACACAGGUCUUUUCUCUGUAGUAUUCAGUUUACAGCUUUUCCUGUGAGUUUCACUAAGUUAUAGAGCGUCAGAUUAGGUAUUUACUUUCCAUUCAUGUGUCAGCAGUGAGUGGGUGUACAGCAGCCAUUUUAUCAUAUCUAUUUCAGGAAUUCUAAUAUAUCGUUUCUAUGAGUACUUAUACUGACAGUCUUUUUCUGAAGAUUCCAAAAGUUGAUUACCUGCCAUUUGACUUCCCAGCGCCAUGCCACUUGGCAUUGAUGGAUAACUGAUUUCUUCAGAAUUUUCUAUAGACAUUCAAGUGUUUACUAUGUAAAGUACUCUUUAUAUGUUAUUACCUGUAAUCUCAAUUCCUUCUACAUUCUAGAGGUAAUAUGCUGAAUAUACAUAACACUGUGCCUUGGUUCAUUUAUGCUUUUAAAUGAAGAUUAAAAAUUAUGGAUUAGAAUUAGCAGGUAGAGAAUAGCAGUAGAUAGGCAGAUACACCCAGAAAUAAAUAUCCAUGAGUGAAGAGCAUUCUAAUGUUAUAAAGAGUAAUGAUAUGAUAGGAAACACUGAUAAAUAUCUGACUUUCUUUCUUCCCUCUGUUGAUCUACACUGUAGUAAGGUAUUGCUGUCUACCUUGGUCAAGGUGACUGGUGGCCCUUAGCACACUGAUGACAUUGCUGGCUCUAAUUACCGUCUGCUGGGAUAGAUGGUAGCUUUUCCAGUGUCCCAGUCCCCUAGUCCACAGGGCAUCCUCUGUUAAAACCUCUUUUCUGUUACCUGGCAUUGUGCUAGAUUAUAACCUCAGGGAAAACUGGUUCCCUUUCAAAGACCAACUUGACUGAAAAAUUUUGGGUCUUCCCUGGCUUGCUGCUACAUAAAAGAUUCUCAACUUCUAUUUUAUUUUAAUGUAGACCAGAACACCCCUGUUUCUGGGUGUCUGUGAGCUAAAUUCACUGAUGCUCACUGAGAAAAUAAAGCUUUUUCUACAUAGGAUGUGGGUACAAAGUCCAGCUCGCCUUUCUACUGGUAGGCAUAUUCUGUGGCAUUAUUUGUUGGGGUCCCUUUCCUGAAACAAGACACAAACAUGCUGGUUCAUGUACUUUGGCUUGAAGUAUAAACCUUUUAGAUUUUUUUUUCUUCCUGUGAUUACAUGUAUAAGGAAGUAAUGACCACCUGUUGGAGAAAGGUUAAAACUGCUUUUCCUUUGAAGUAAGUUUCCUAUAAAUGAGGCACCAAGAUCUGAGAACAUCAAAACAUAUAGUCUGAAACACACAUGGACUGACAUGGAAUGCCAGUCAUUGGAACCGUCACAGCAAAAAUUGUGCAGUGUAGAACCUCACUUUGCAGAGACAAUGGAGAUAGGUUAGAAUUGUCAUAUCCACACCUAUGAGGCUACAACAGCAUGCACCCAGAUGGGUGUUUACAGUUCAGCCAGUGUGAGGAGGCACUGAGGGUCUAAGCUAACUGUCUUGUACGUUUGUGACUUCCCUGAGUGUGAAACAUUGAUAUAUUUCGUAGGGAGUUAUACCGUCACCCCACUAUGUUUAGUACACACAGAUUAGUCAUUCGACUGAACACUAUUCCUAUUGUGUUAUAUGCCAAUAUCUGACAGUAAACUGACCUUUGUAUUUGUCAUGUCUGCAGGAUGAAGGUGUGUUGCUGUCCUUGCUUACUCACUUGAUUUGCUUUGUUCUGAGUAUAACUGAAUUGCUUGCCAGUGACUCUGUCCUGGCUCGUUCAGGAUGCUAGAGAAAAAAGAACAAAUGUACCUUAUAUUUCUCAUAAUCCCAAACUAUCCAGCCUCCCAAAUAUUGAAAAUCCUUGAGCCUUCCUCCAUUUUCUCUAUGGUAAUUAGCCUUACAUAGUGUGACUACCCCCUGAGCAGUAGCUGUGUUGUAAAUAAAGGAAAGCUCUCUCUCUGGUUCUGUGAAGAGGCCAUGCUGUUACCAUUCUUUCUCUCAGGUCUCUGUCUGUGUCCAAAGGAUGUCAUUCAUAAGGAGGCAGCAUUUAAAAGGUUGUGCAGAACCUCAACUCAGAAAACUUCAAUUUGUAGUGCAGUUUGAGUAUGCCUUAUCCAAAAUUCUUGGGACCAGAAGUGUUUUAGCUUUUGGAAUAUUUGCAUAUAUAUGACAUAUCUUAUGGCCUUAGAAAUAUUCUAAAAUGUGCAAAUAUUACAGGGGUGGGACUCAUCUUUUAAUUAUAAAGUUCAUUUAUAUUUCAUAUAUUUGUUACGUAUAGCCUAAAAGUCAUUUUGAAUAAUUUUUUAAAAUAAUUUUAUGCAGGAAACAAAAUUUCAUGUUAUAGAAUUUUCCAGUUGUUGCAUUAGGUGUAUGUUCAAAAUGUUACAGAUACUGGACUUUUACUUGGAGAUACCCAGCCUGUAACACAGGUAUGUAAGGAGGGUGCCUUCGUUAGCACUUAGAGCUCUGAUAUGACUUACACUUCAUUGACGAAUUCCAGAUUGACUUAGGAACAAAUUUGUUUUUAGGAAUCACAAUGCGUUUGGUCCUCUUAGCUCUUAUGUGACCUCACAUCACUUGGAAACCAUCCCUCUUCUGUAAAGAUAAAAACAGAGGCUUAUCUCCUGUCCAGAAAUCAUUUUCCUCUUGACAAAAGGUUUUUCCCUAAGAGUUCAAAUUGCUGUGCAAUUUCACUUCCUCUUUUUCUCUGUUGUCUUCCAAAAUCAAAACACUGUUUAAAAGGAGAUUAGCCUUUCUGAACAAUCUAUGUCCAACCAGGCUAUCUCCUGUUGACUCAAAAAGUUAAUAGCAGGUAUUUAUCAAUGCCCAGAACACAUUUAGUACAUCCAGCUGCCAUUACCACUACCUUCCUGCUUCAGAUGGCAAUAGCUUUGUAAAAACUCAGCUUUAUGAAUGGCACAGAGGAGCAAAUCAAUGAAUGAGGUAUGAUAAAUAUAUAUGUGUGUGUGUGUGUGUAUAUAUAUAUAUAUAUAUAUAUAUAAAAUAGGACAGCUGCAUCCAUCAUUUUGAGAAAUCUCAAAUACUCUCUGUAAACCGUGGGCAAGAAGCUGAUCUGUAUAUGCUCCAGCAAUGUUUGGAGUCUGUCUUGUGGAUUGGGACCUGGACAGAGAGAGAGCUUUUCAGUUUUUAUAAAUAUAAACAUUCUCCAUGAUUCAGAAUGCUGCUCUGCUCAAGAAAUUGACAUGAGGGAGGGAGAUGCGGCUGAAGGUACCAGGACAACCUCAUAGAUGAUCAUGUUCAUGCCCUCACACCAUCUGCCAUCUCUCUCCAGUGUCUGCUAUGGUCUGCGCCCUUCCAGGGUUGAGAGUAAGCCCGCUGUGCUUGGCUCUGCUUGCGCCUCCAGUGAAGACUGUGCAUUGCUGUGUGGCACCAUCGUAGAGGUUUUAUGUGCCCUGGGAUAUCCUCUGCCACAUAUUUUUUUUUUGCAGAAAAUGAAGUGUACACUAAUGGAUCUUAGGAAAACUUUUUGCACAUGAUCUUUGUUUAAAACCCAUGGUACCACUACAUACGGAAGCUGGAAUUUCAAGAACCCUUCUUGAACUGUGAGCUGGAUCUGUUACCAUAGGGAGUUUGGCAGGGAAGGUACCGGGAAUUUUAAUUCAGAAUCUAUUUAUAUACUAUUAAAAGAUUGGGGUACCAUAUUUUAUGUAAAAGUUGGAUAUUUAGAUCCCAUAUUUCAGGAUCAGGAGCUUUUUUUGCAAUCAUUAACAUAACAAAUUAAUGUCAUAAAGAUAUUUAUCAGUAAA